UCCACUUUAACAUUCGGUUGCGCGCCGUUGUACGAGACGGUCGCACAAUUUUCGUGCCAUAAACAUCGUAACUUUUUCAUUUAUUUACAACGUCUAAACGCAUCAGACGCAACACCUCGAAUACGAACCCUUCAACUGCCCAAUACAAUUAGAUAGUUCAAACAAACCAACAACUAAAUAACCGAAUAGCUGCCAAAUAUCCCGUACACGCACACGCGUGCAAGCACACACACACACAGACGAUGGGAUCAACGGGAUCCCAAACGGCCGCGACGUUGCGGCAGCGACACGCGCUGUCGCUGCUCUGGCGCCUCUUCGCCGUUGUCCUCGUUCUGAACGCCUGCCAUGUACCGCUGCUGAAUGCCAAGCAAAUCUCGAGCUUCGAUGACAAUGAAAAUAUGUUCUUCGAUGUGGAGGAUCAGACGCCAUUCACGGGGUCGGACAAUUUGCAACCGUAUGCGCCUUUGAUCGAUGACAACGCCGUGGAGGGCAAUUGGUUCCAUCAGGGCGUUAAGCGCGUGCGUCGCGAGCUGACGCGGCUCUUUGGCAGCGACGAUGUCCACCACAGGCAGAAGCGCGCCAAGAAGCCGGCCAUGAAGAAGCGACUGACCAAGCGGCAGAACCGAUUGAUGACCCGCAAACGGGCCUCCGAUGAUUACGAGAGCGAAAUCGGCUCAGGCACCUAUGGCGUGGAUACCGUUGUAUACCGCACACGAUUCACCGUCAACGAGCCGUACUCGAACGACUUCAGUGAUAAACAGAGCGAGCAUUUCCUCAAUCUGACCGAGGAGAUCGGCCUGGGACUGCGCCAUCUCUUCCGGCGCAGCUACGAGAACGACGACGACGAAGUGGAUUUGCGCAGCACUCUGUUGCAAGUCGGGCCUACGAACGAUAAGUACAAGAGCUAUGUGAUUGUCAAUCUGGAGAUACCCACCGAUGUGGUUGACUUUGAGAGUAAGCUGCGCCAGCAGCUGCAGAACUAUAACCGCAUUGGCAACCAGAGCGCCUCCCUGGACGAUGACUUCUAUUUCCGUUUAACAUUGGAUAACCAGUGCAGCAAUAUUCAGGAAUUUGAUAAUGAAGAGUUUACCUGCGAGUCCGGCGAAGUAGAGAGCAUCCCCUGUGCGAACAUAUGCAAUCAGCGUGCCGACUGCGACGAUAACUCGGAUGAGAAUGAGGAGAUGUGCCUGAGUCGUCGUUAUCCCAAUCCCUAUGCACGCUCAAAAGACGUACAGGCUUCGGCCUACCCGGAUGUGGAUAAUGAUGCUGACAAUGAUGUAGAUACAGUUGAUGCGGAUGCCGAUGCCGAUGCCGAUCAAGAGGACGAUUUGGAUGGAGAUGGCGACGUGGAUGCCGAUGCCGACCUGGAUGAAUAUCCAUGCUUGUCACUGGAUCAACCUUUCCAGUGCAUCAGCGGUCGCCCGUAUCAGAUCUUAUGCGCAGACAUAUGCAACGGCUACAACGACUGCGAAGAUGGCUCCGAUGAGAACCAGGAGAUGUGCGAUCGCCGCAGUGAUCCAGGUGCCUACAACCCAAAUGCCAUCGACUGUGAGGAGGAUUUCCAAUGUGAGUCGGGUGACAAGUUGAGCACAUCCUGCCACAAUGUCUGCAAUGGCCGCGCCGAUUGCGAUGAUGGCUCCGACGAGGAUCCCAGUCGCUGUGCCCGCCGCAACCCACAGACCGCCAGCAGCGAUUCCGGCGAUCAACGGAAUGAUCACUGCACCAAAGACGAGUUCUUCCAGUGCCGCAGUGGCAGCAUACCGAAUAUACCCUGUUACGAUGCCUGCAACGGCAAGGCUGACUGUGACGAUGGCUCCGAUGAGAGCCCCGAUGUCUGUCGUCAAAAUGUUCAGCCCGAGCUCAGAUGCACCGGCGAGGGCGAGAAUCGAGUGUGCCAAUAUGUGCUCCCCAACAAGGAUCCUAACGCCCCUGAAACGCCUGAACCAACUGACGAGGAAGAUGGCUCCGGCGAACCAGAGUGCCGCGGGGAUGCGACUUUCUUCUGUUACCGCUCGAAUACGCGCGUCUGUGACGAAAUGAAAUGCGAUUUGAAAAAAGACUGUCCGAAUGGCGAAGAUGAGGAGGAUUGCCCCAAGGUUUGCACUGACGAAGAAUUCAAGUGCGACGAUAGCUGUUUGCCGCUGCAUAUGCGUUGCGAUGGCCGAACGCAGUGUAUUGAUCAGACUGACGAGGCUGGCUGCCCCCCUAAAGAUAUAGAGCAGCCCAAUACCGAUCAAGAUCAAGAUCAAGAUCAAGAUCAAGAUCAAGAUCAAGAAAAUGAGCAAGAACAAGAGCGAAAUCACGAUCGUGAUCAAAAUCCUGAGCAAGAUCCCGAACAAGAUCGCGAACAAGAUCGCGAACAAGAUCGCGAGCAAGAUCUCACACAAGAUCGCGAACAAGAGCGUGAACAAGAUCGCGAGCAAGAUCGCGAGCAAGAUCGUCUGCCCGAACCCGAGACCCAGCCACAGG